CAUAAUCUCGAUGGCUCUCCAAAAAAUCAAUUCCAUUACUGUAUUUUGUUCUUUCCAAAAUUCUUCGUUCAUCGUGCACGACAGUGCAGGUGGCAUGGCACGACACCGGUUGUGAGCAAUUGCAGUGCAACGCUCUGACGGAAAGUAGAGAUGAUUAGUUACGAGUCAUUGUUAUGCGGAAUGAACCGUAUCAGCCACCUUUGAAGAAUGAUGAACAGAUCAAACAAUAUACUGGUCACGGCACAGUCGAUUGGCUUUUGGUCCCACGGGCUCUUCCGGUUCGUUCUCAUUGUUGCGACGGCGUUUCUUUUGGAUCCCUUGUCCUGCCUCGCAGACGACGAUAAUGACUCGGCUGCCUCCCAGGGAAACUGCCCAAAGGUUUGUCUGGACGUCCGGCAGGGAUCUAGGCACUACGGCCUGUUCCAUCCCGUGUCCACGCCAAGCAGCGUCCAAGACUUUUACAACUACCACAACUACUCGUUCAACGGCGACGACAUUGUGCCGCUCUUGCCAGACCAGAGUCUGGUUCUGAUCCACCACGACAGCGAGCUCUGUGACCUUUCUUUUGUCGUUGUCCACGAUUCCAAGGACGAUUUCACCGGCGGACAGGCCCUCAUGUUUGUGAGCGGGAACCACGAAGACGCCCUGGUGCAGGACGGACCGGGAGACGGCUCCCGGUCGGAUCGGUACGUCUAUAGGGGCUACCGCCGGGGCGCCGACGACGACCGGACGGAGCUCUUUUGGGAAUGGGGCUGGCAGAAAUCGCCUUCGAAACGGUAUAAAACGGACGGAAUAGCGGACCGAUGGAAGAAUUCACUCGACGGCAGCAGCAACGACGACGACGACGACGACAAAUGCCUGUUUCUUUCGGCUCGAUUUAUUGAGGGAAUUGAGGCAUGGAGGUUCGUUCCAGGAAGCAGCAAGAUCGAUCCGAAGGAUUACUUGUAUCUAGACCAAGACGAAACACUGCGAGUGUGUCAAGUAGAGUGCAGUAGAUAUUAGUGUGGAGAAGAAAGCCAUCAUUAAAAGGGGUAGACUUCCAGGGUGCUUUUUUGCAGAAUCGUGGAACCGGCACACGUAGUCCAAAGAAAAAACGAUCAGCAUGUGCAAACAAACCGUUUCGUUGUUUUGAACGAGCCAACUUAAAUUUAGUGUAUUCAACAGAAGCAGCAACAAGAACCAUAUUAACUUCGUUUCAAAAAAUUCAACUUUAUUCGGCAUCUUUUUGGAGCGACAUUAGGACGGCUCAACAUUAGCUUCUAACU